AUGCUUGAACUUGCUCAAAGUUUAAUAUUAAAUGAAGAAGCACUUAAUAGUUUACCAGAAAAUAAACGACCUGUAUUUAUUUAUGAAUGGCUUUAUUUUUUAAAUAAAGUACUUCUUGCUGCUCAAAAAAAUGAUAUUCGUGAAUGUCAAUCACGUAUUGUUGAACAACUUAUGCAACAAGUUCAAUAUGGACCUGGUUCACCAAUACGAACAUUAAUUGGUCGAAAUUUAGCAACAUUAUUUAGUGUUGGAGAUCCAUUUCUAUUAUUUAAUACAAUUAAUCGUCGUAAUGAUAUAUUAAAAUCCAAUGAUGAAGUUGCAAAAUUAGCUACUAUUGUUGUUAUUGGUGCACUUUAUGAACAUCUCGGUCGAUUAGUUGGUCGUUCAUAUGAAGAAACUGUUCAAUUGUUAGUUAAAACAUAA